UGAUUCUGUGAUUCUAGUGGGAUGCCUGAGGGCAGUUGAUGGGAAUAAAUAAAGCUGGAGCCUUCCACUGGGACCUUCUCAGGACUAGGCUCCAGGAUGUUCCGGUUGCUUCUGCUGGGCAUAUUCCUAGUGCUCUUCAUGGAUGAGGGAGGCAGAGUCCUGACAUUGAAAUGGGUUCGAUUUUGCAAUGAAUGUAAACAUUUUGAUGGAUACAGAUGCCAGGGUGGCAUGAAACAUUGCUGGAAGUUUAAUAUGUAUGCGCAAAACAGGAGUUGUUCCACAAAUAACUAUUACUAUAAUGAUCGCACUUCAGGGAGAUACCUGUUUCGUUACACAACACUGACUUGUGAGCCCUGUAAAGAGGGAAUGUUCCAGGUAUUCCAUGACCUCCUGAGAGAAACAUAUUGCUGCAUUAAUAAAAAUAGGUGUAAUACUGGCUAUGAUAAUUUAGAGAUUACAAGAAUAUAUGGAAUACAACAUCAAGAUGAAGUAGAGCAAGCUGCAAAACAUAAGGAUGAUUAAGAUUUUUGAACGAUAUCUUCUUGCAGUAGUCUUAGCCUUUUUCUUCACCCAGUGGCAACAUUAUAUUACAUUUUCCCCAAACCUAGACCCUAUUCUCUUCUCUGUCCCAGUAUAUCUAACCUAUGGAAGCUCUGUCUUUCCAAUGUCCAUGCUUCCAUUAACAGGGAAGGGGAAACUAUAGGUCAUAAAAACCCCAGCUCUGCCUUCUGGUUGGAGUCCUUAGUCUUUGCACCUAAUACCCCCCGGCAGUCUCUACUUGCCCUUGAGUUCUGAUGCUAAACCUGGGCUAAAGUCAGAAUGCUAAAGUCUCUUGCAAAGGGAGCAAAGUAUUUCUGUUGAGGUUCUGAGGGAAAAUCAAGAGAAAGCAGAUUGGAUAGAAAUAGGGACCAUAAAUUAUGGGAGAUUGUGGAAGAAAUAUUUGGAAGGUGAGUAGAAGAGGUAUUUGGAGGAGGGUAUAGUGAGGGCUUAUAUUAAGCAGGAGUUUGGGAAAGUCAAUGUGAAAUUAGAAAGCAUCCUCUAACCUACAUGAAAGGCAUAGUCAAUGUACUAGACAUGAGAA